AGUCAAUGUCUUUGUUUCACCGGUUGAUCGCAAAUGUGAAACCGACGGAAGAGAAAAGAAAAAAAGAAAGGGCCAACAUUUGCCGCCGAUUGAGAUGGAGACGGAGGUCGAUAAGGAGAUUCUAAAAUCCGCCGGAGCUGAGCUUCUUCCCGACGGACGUAAAGGCUUAAGAAUCCAUGACUGGGAGAUCGAAACCAUCCGCGGCACGAUUCUCACUUCCCUCGCUCACGAACAGUGGGAAGAGAAGCUCAAGACGUCUCACUUACCUGAAAUGGUGUUUGGCGAGAAUGCGUUGGUACUUAAGCACUUGAGCAGUAACACGAAGAUUCAUUUUAACGCGUUUGAUGCACUUGCGGGAUGGAAGCAAGAAGGGCUUCCACCUGUUGAGGUUCCUGCUGCUGCAAAAUGGAAGUUUAGGAGCAAGCCGUCUCAGCAGGUGAUACUGGAUUAUGAUUACACUUUUACUACGCCUUACUGUGGUAGCGGAGUUGUUGAGAAAGAUCAAGAAACGCGGGUUGAGGCAAAAGCAAAACCUGAGGGGGAAGCUAGUCUGAAGUGGGAGAACUGUGAAGAGCAGAUUGAUUUGGCUGCUCUUUCACUUAAAGAACCUAUUCUCUUCUAUGAUGAGGUAGUUUUGUAUGAAGAUGAACUGGCUGACAAUGGAGUGUCACUUCUGACUGUGAAAGUGAGAGUCAUGCCAAGUUCAUGGUUCCUCCUCUUACGAUUUUGGCUUAGAGUUGAUGGUGUACUUAUGAGGUUGAGAGAGACGAGAAUGCAUUAUGUCUUUGGGAAAGGGGAGACACCCACAGUUCUUCGUGAAAGCUGUUGGAGAGAAACAACAUUUAAGUCUCUAUCUGCGAAAGGGUAUCCAGUUGAUUUAGCAGUCUAUAGCGAUCCGGGUCCCAUCAGUCAGAGGCUUCCGGUGAUUAAGCAGAUAACACAGAAACUGAUGAUUCCUCAUAAAGUGUAAGCGGUUUAUAAAGUUGCAAGUAUGACACACGUACUCAGUGGUUAAUGGGGCUUGUUGAUGUAUGGUUUUACUUGACUGAUUCUUGGAUUUCAUUUUCUUGUGAACACUCCAACCGCUUCAUGUUAUACUUUCAUUGUUCCCAAAAUACUUUUCUCAUCAAUGUUUAGAGUUUAUGAUUAGUUAUUACAUGUCUGAAAAAUGAAAAGGAAAUUUCACUUGUAAAAA